GUAAACAAAAUGGAUCUUGUUAGAUUUCUUUUAUAUUAAAUAAUAUGAUUUUAUAAUUUAUUUUAUUUUUAAAAUGAUAUAAAUGAAGGAAAAUUAUAUUUUCUGAAAUAAAAUUAAAAUAUGGUAAGGAUAAUCUUGUAUUUUCAAAACAGCUUGUCGCAAAAGUUUCAAAUCAGAGCUUCUGCUUUUAUGUUAUACAAAAGCGUUUUUCGACUUUUAAAAAGCCGAGCUUUUACAGGUGUUUAGCCAUGCUUCAGUUUUUGAAGACUAAAAGCACUUUUAAAAGCCGGGCCAAACAUAUGAAAUAACAUAUUUGUUAAACAACAUCGCACGAAACAAAAGUUAGGUUUAUUGAGUUCUUUAGUGGUUGACUCUUGGUUGGUUUGGGUAACCGACACUAGUAAACCAUAGCAGGGUGGGUCAUGGGAAGUGUUUCUUUUCCCCCCUCUUCUUUGUUCGUACAUGAUGAUUGUUUGGUUGGACUUAAAUUGAUCGAUUCAUUCACCCAUCCCAUCAACAGAACUGGUUGCAUAUAUAGCAAGAAGACAGGAGUUGUUGUUCAGUGCUAAAAAACAAGCCAAAAACGAGAACACAAAAAGCCAUAUACAGAGCGCACUGUUUGAGUAGGGGGAAAAAUGAGAAACAACAAGUGUGGAGAUACAAACAUGGAAGUUUGAGCAUCAUUCCAUGAAAAUUCAAAAGGCCAGUUUGAUGGAUCAAAUCAAAGCCCACCCCAAAAAACUUCGAUCCUUUUUUUUUCAUUUGAUUUCCUCAAAAAUUGUCAAGACUUUGCCUGUUGACCAUUCCAUCACUGCAGAUGUUGUCUAUUACCUCCCCAUGCAAACAUAUCCUUCAAUGGUGCUGCUGCUGCCUCUCUUCAAUAAAUAAUGAGGGUGGUGACCCAUGUCAACUGUUUUGUACCUUGUAUAUGUGAACCAAAACCUAUGGCUUUCUUUCUUACCCUAGUUUUUGAAUUGUGUGAUUGGUAUAGUACAUAUUCCAUCUUAAGUCUUAACACAUGAUGAAAUAUAUUGGGAAGGCAAUACCAAGAUAUUGGUACAAUUCUCAAUCCUUGAUGGCUUGAUGAAUCGAGUUAAGGGGCAUUUUUCUGGUUUUAUAUCUAUGUUUGAUUUUGAUAAUUUGGUUGAAGAAAUUCACAAUUAUGAUUGCUUUUGAUAAUUUAACGAGUUAAUAUUAUUAGUUAAUUAAAAGCUCAAGUAAACCAAAGGCUAAUUCACUGUUGCAUACGACAAAAUCUCCACAAUCCCAUUUUUUUUCGGAAAAUAGCCAUUGUUUAUUAUUGUAGUUGAGUUACUUUCUAUUGUUACGAAAACAAAGGGCAUUUUUAUAGCGGAAUGCACUAUUCACUAAGGGAUAUUUAUCCCAUGUACCCAAUUUCGCCAUAAGCUAAUUGUUAUUUUCACUAUUUUAUGUGCUCUUUGUUAUUUGCACUACUUUAAGGUCUUUUAAAUUUUCAUAUAACAUUUUAAUCAAAUGCGAUACUUUCUAAUUUAUUAUUAAACCGCAUAUUGUGAGCCAUGUACCCAAUUUCGCCAUAAGCUAAUUGUUAUUUUCACUAUUUAUGUGCUCUUUGUUAUUUGUACUACUUUAAGGUCUUUUAAAUUUUCAUAUAACAUUUUAAUCAAAUGCGAUACUUUCUAAUUUAUUAUUAAACCGCAUAUUGUGAGAGAUUUAUGUAAUAACAUUCUAUAAUAGUCACGUCAACCAACCUAACUAUAAAAAUCAACAUAUGUCACUCUUAUCUAAAAAAAAGUUACGUAAAUUAAACACAUUAUAUAAAUGUUAUAGAGGAUAGUUAUUUGCACUUCUCCAUGAGCUCUUUGUUAUUUGCACUACUCUAAGAUUUUGUAUAUUUUUAUAUAGCAUUUUAAGCAAAUGUAAUAUAUUUUCUAAUUUUAUUAUUAGACCACAUAAUAUAUAAGAUUUGUAUAAUAACAUUUUAUAACAGUUAGAUAAAUCGAACCUAACUAUAAAAAACAACAUAUGUCAUCCUUAUCCAAAAACCGUUAUGUAAAUUACAAACACAUUGUGUAAAUGUUAUAGAGGAUAGUUAUUUGCACUUCUCUAUGAGCUCUUUGUUAUUUGCACUACUCUAAGAUUUUGUAAAUUUUUAUAUAGCAUUUUAAUCAAAUGUGAUAUUUUCUAAUUUUAUUAUUAGACCACUUAUUAUUGAAGAUAUGUGUAAUAACAUUCUAUAACAAUUACGUAAUCAACCUAACUAAAAAAAUCCACAUAUUUCACCCUUAUCCAAAAAUAAUUACGUAAAUUACAAAUACUUUAAGUAAAUAUUACAGAGGAUAGUUAUAUCUCUUAUGUCAAUUAAACAAAGGUAAUACAUGAGUCUUACAUAAUGAUUAAGACACCAUGUAAAGCUAAUGGACGGAUAAUUAUUUCUUAUGUAUCAAUUAAGCAAAUAUAUUAGUCAUCUGUAAUUAUUAAGACACUACGAAAACUUAAGAAGGGAUAUUUAUUCCUUAUGUAAAGUAUGAUGUAUCUCUUUCUUAAUGAUAGAGACGAAAACCUGAAACUUAUUUAUGUAUCAUGCCAUAACAGUUUUAUGAAUUAUUUUAUUUGACCUAAAUUAUUAAAUAAGUAGAUGAAAUUAUAAAUAAUUAGUUUCUUACCGCUGCGAAGCGCGGGUGAAAAAACUAGUUUAUAUUAAUUGUACGAGCGAACUACACAUGUGUUGUACUUGGACAUUGGGUCGUGGUGUCCACGAGCUAGUAUGCUACGACACGGUUUGGGCAUCAUCACACUAGUACAGGUAUGAAAUAUAUUGGUUACCUUGACACGAUGAGGAAUGUAUUAUAGGCAUGAAAGGCCUGAACUUCAUGGACAUGAGCUCCAACACAAGCACGACACGAUCAAUAAGUAGGUCGUGCCCAAUAGCAAACCUAAGGCAUUGGUUCGGCGAAAAAAAGUACAUGUAGAUACAAAAGUUAGCUAUCAGUGAGACUUGAACCCUACGUCUAUAUUUUCUACCACCAAACCUCAAUAAAUCAUGAAAUUAGUUGUGUUUUUUAAAACAAAAAUAGUUGUUAUUUGUAUAUAAUACAUUAUAGUUUCACAAAAUAUAACUUUAUCCUCAGGUCUCAAAUUCUUAAUUUAUUCUUCUUCUUCAACCAAAUCAAAUCCUCCUCUUGUUGGAACUCGUUGGUUUCCUUUAUCAUUAUAAUCACUUCUCUUAUAAUGAUAUCUUAAAUUUCGAACCAACCAUAUUAUUUAUAUAUAUAUAUAAUGUGAAGAUAGACUAUAGUUUUUCAAGAAUCGUAUAGAAUACCUGAGCUUUUUAGGAUCAUCGUCAUUGAAAUGAGCCACUUAAUGCUAUUUUUACCAUAAAUCCAAAUAUACAGUUGUAGGUAGAAUACAAAUAACAACACACUAAACCAUAAACACACUAAACCAUAAAUACAAAUAUAAUAGAUUACUCUUGAUAUAAUUAGCAAAACUAAUCAUGCUAAUAAAACUUGAAUAGAAAACAUGUAACUACUGCUUGCAUCAAAUGUCCAAAACAUACUCUCUGAGUCUUAAAUUCUAGUGCUAGAUAGUACAAACAUCAAAUUGCAUUAGUUGAGGAAAGUCAAAGGGGGCACGGGGUAAGGAGAAUUGGUUUUUUGUGAUUUCUCAACGCAAACAAAGACAAAAAAAAACAUCUCUCACCCAAAACCUUGUUUUGGUGUUUUUUCAUCUUCUCCAUCUACUCCACUCCUUUCCUUUCAUCAUAAAACCAUAGCUUGUCUCUUCCCUUCUUCGCACUUCCUUCCUUCCUUCCAAUACUCUCUCUCCCUCCCUCUUUCUCUUCACUCCCCUCUUAUCGAUUCAUGGAAUGCAGAACGGCCGCCGGCGAAGCAGAAGCCAUCACCACUUGGUUCGACGAUGAGCUCAUCGUGCGACAGCUUCUCGACAAUGACUUCCCUUUCUAUUCGCCACCAGAACGCAACCCAAUCCCCGCCGAAGAAUUGGCAACUACCCAAAUCAUGCAGUCCACUCUGCGUUCACCGCCGAUGGUUCAGGAAAUUCAGGCCCAAUGGAUGAAUCAGCAACCCGAAUCGGUGUCUGAAUCUGGGUCGGUUUUGGUUUCUCCUUCCAGAGUUAGCUUGCGUGAGAGGGGAAUUAACAGAAUCGACAGCAACAAGUACACUGUGAAACUCAAAUGGUGCGCGAACGGAAUGGCGGAUGACGGCUAUAAAUGGAGGAAAUACGGACAGAAGUCCAUCAAAAACAGCCCUUACCCAAGGAGCUAUUACAAAUGCACAAAUCCACGGUGCAGCGCCAAGAAGCAAGUGGAGAGGUCGAGGGACGAAGAAGACAUAAUCAUCAUCACCUACGAAGGCCUCCAUCUACACUUCGCUUACCCCUUUUUCCCGCACAUCCCUGACGGCGGCGGCGAUAAUCCUCCGACGCCGAAAAGGCCCAGAACAACUUCCCCGGGAACAGAGUCAGGAGAACGAUUCCGGGAAGAACCGCGGCCAGGGACGGAGUCGGCAAGUUCAGUUCUGACUGAUGGUAAUGGCGGAGAUUCUGAUGGAUUGUUGUUGAUGAAUGCCGCUCCCCAGGGCUUGCUCGAAGAUUUGGUGCCGUUUGUGGUCAGGAACCCGGCGCCGUUGCUGUCAUCCUCUUACGCUGGUGACGGUGUUAGUAAUAAUAAUAGCCUCUGCUCCAACUCUUCUAGCUCUUGUUCGUCUCACCGGUCUUCAUCGGUUACUUCUUCGCCUUCUUGCUUUUCUUGGUCACCGGAAUCCCUAUCAUUCCUGUGACCGAUGUUGGACCAACAUCAAAUUUAGUUGUAUAUUUAGAAUUUAGGUCAAGCCAUAUUUUAAUUGGAUUUCUGAAUAUUUCUUUCAUAUUUUUUGUAAUAAAGAAAAAGAAAAGUUUUUUCGUCAAUAAUCACUCGUAUUAUUGAGAAAAUCAGUCAUAUACAAAGUGACGCAUAACUGAAAAUGAUCAAGAAACGAAAUCGAACCCUACUAAUGAAGGGAACAACGAAAAAUAUUUUUCUUUCCAACACGUGGACAACCAUGUUACAUGUACCGCCAACAAACGGAACAUAGCAAUGAUGAAAUGAGGCUAUCAACGCUUGAACCUCCUGUAACACCGUACCCCCACGAGCAUCCGCAAACCUCCUCUAACACCGUACCCCCAAGUCCAUCCGCUAGUUUUCCCAAUCUUGAAUUGUCUUUUUGGGGCCAAGCAUCCUCAUUGUUCUAAAUACAUCUCACUCUGCAACCUGCAAACGAAAAUGAGAUGCUCAAUUUCUACCUUGCCAGACUCGCCAGAACAACGCCACAACCAACAUCAGGCCACCACGACCAAGCUCCUUCUACUUGGCACCCUGCGCCAGAAGGUUCUCGUAUAGCCUAGAGGAAGUGAUCCCGGAGCCCCACUAUUUCAGACUCUUUUGACAGCCCAUCCACCACAUUAUAGUAAAAGAAGAGAUGCUCCAGAGAUUCCGCCUCCUCCACACAAACUAGACACCACUCUAGAGUUCACUGUCGAAAGCUUAAUGCCUCACCAAUCGGUAAGACACAUCGCACAAGUUUCCGUACAAAGUAUUGCAACUUAAGGGGUAUCAGAGCCCCAAAAUCGACAUCAUAAGACUCAAGUCCUAUGGUAGGGCUGUCACUUUAGCAAUAGCUCCUUCUGCCUCCUCAAUUUCACUACCAAACGAUAUCCUUAUUUUACAGUAUAAACACCUGAAACUUCUACCUCCUCAAAUCCACUUAACAGGAGAAACUCGUAAAGGAACAUCCAAAAUUGCAUGAACCUUGUCUUCCUCAAAGAUUUGACGCAAGCAAUCCACCUGCCAAACCCUUUGCUUAGAGUGAAUAAAUUAUGUCAUCUGAACCCCAAAUAUCCUAUAGCGUGGUCGUGGGGUGUUGGGUGUAAGGCAUGCACCUAGUUAUCUGUGAGCACCUCCAACAUUGUUCUUGAACCAUUCUGUCAGCCGAGGUGCUUAGCCAACAAAUCACGCUCACCCAACAACCCUUGCCAUCCGUAAGAUGGUAACACAUUUGUCUUUUCGUUUAAUAUCGAGGAUUUAGGGAAAUAUCUUUCCUUAUACAAUCGGGCUAAAAGUGAUUCAGACUCCUUCCAAAUUAUGCCAAGCUAUCUUUGCAAGUAAUGCUUGAUUGAACUCCUCAAACCUCAUGAAACCCAGUCCUCUCUCAUGCUUACUCAAACAUAACAACUUCUAGGCCUCUCAGUGAAUUCGCCUUUCACCAUGAUUCACACCCCACAAAACUUGGCCAAGUGUCUAUCCAGCGAAAGACACAAGGAAAAGGGAAGAAGGAAGCAAGACAUCACAUUAAUGGGUAAAGCAUUAAGAAAAACCUUGAUUAGGAUCUCCUUAGUAGUCCAAGAAUAUGUUCAAACGUUCCACAAGAGAUGGGAGGACUAAGUACUAAUCUGUCACCCCAACUGCGCCCUCACCCAGCAACCGUGAGUCAUCUGAUCUACAAAGAAUAAAUGAGAAAUCACAGGGCAUCAAGGGCUGAUACAAACUGUCGUCAACACUAGAUUUGAAAUUUCCUAUUGAAGAAGUGAGGCAAAGCCUCAAACGAAAUUGAAAACAAGAGCGGGAUAGAGGAUCCCCCCAUCCGAAGUCCAAGCUAAGUCGGGAAGUAGUUUGCUGAUUUUCUAUUCAUUAGGAUUGAAAAAGUCGGAGAAGUCACACAAGCCCGUAACCAACUUAUCCAUUACCCAUCGAAACCAAGUUUCUCAAGAAAUGAUUAAAAAAAACCGAUCAUUCCACCCUAUCAUAUGUCUUCUCUGUAUCCACCUUGAAAGCCAUGAAAAGUUGCUUCCCCACCAUUUUAUUUUUCAGAUAAUGCAUAACCUCGUGUUCGAUAAUCCAUAAUUUUCCUCCCUCGAAAAACCUAUUAAUGAGACAAUGAACCAUCGUCAACUUGUCAUUCAUACGAUCUAUCACUCGCCUUUCAAUAAGCAACGUUAACACCCUAUCAUGUACGAUAGUUCACAUAACCAAGAAUCUCGCAAGGGUCUAUAUCUGAACCUGACCAUCCACCUAAUCCAAGUUCGGUGAAACCAUCGAAAAGAAGUCCGGUGAAAUCGCCUAGGGGACUCCAUGAAUAAUUCUUUUUGUUAGCUUCAACCUAGAGUACUUAUGGGAUAUAAUCCCCAAGUACCUCAUCUUUGAUUGAGUUAAUCGUCAAGUUGCAAGAUAUUGUUUUGUUUAUAUUGGAAGUAAUUUAUCACUUAAUUGUUAGAUUAUAACAAAACUUUGAAGUAGCAGUGUAUCUAAUAAUCUGCGGGAAUACGACCUCGAGGUCACCACUAUGCUAUGUAAUCUAGUCAAGGUAUAUUUUUUUCUCUUUCAAAAUAUAGCUAAAUGGAUAUCAUUGUUUAUAUCAUGAUUAAGGCAUUAUGUAUAUGUAAUUUUUUUUAAUUUUAAGCUGAAACGAUGAGAUAUGUCAUCAUACCUUUUAAUAUCAUGAUUUGUCACUGAUAUGAUAAUUAUCAAUACGUAUUUUAAAUAAAUUUUUUAAAGAUAACAAAAUGAAUUAGUUAGAGAGGAUUUUUGUCUGGUUUAAGAAUUUUCCCGCUCUAAUUUCUAGCAUCUUGUCACGAGCUUCCACAAGAGAUCGUUCAGAAAGUUUCUUGCUAAAAACUCUCCUAGUAGGUGAUGACAUGGUUUGUUGCAUAAUCUCAAACAAUUUUUACUGCUUUUGCAUCUUUUGGAACAUUUUUCCCCUAUUUUUAUGUUGAUGUAAUUUAGUUCAUGGACCUUGAAUUAGUUUGUGGUUCUUCUUCUGGUUCUCGUCAUGUGUAGUUCAAAUUACACUCCACCACUCCAUCUUACUAUGUUUCAAUUCAUUUUGUGUUUCUGAUUUUUUUUUUCCUUUCAAGAUAAUUGAGUUUGUUUGGCUAACUUGGACUCUGUGUUGAGUUUUGCUAUUUGAGUGAUAUUUUGUGUUUUGACGAUUCGAUCUCCUAUAAUUUAUUGUUGUUUCUCGUCAAUAUCUAUAUUUUAUAUUUGUUUAUAUUCUCUGCUGCCAAUUCUGCAAUUGUCAAUGGAUCAUAUGGCCGGAAGGAACCAUAUUAGACAUAUGCACUUUACAAUUGUUCCAAUUAAAAUAUAUGUACCUACUUGGA